AUGGCAGCAUCCAGAAACCAGCCGGAUAAGCGGGCGAGGAAGGAGCCCAAGAUCCUCCUCGGACGCUUCGAGGUGGGGAAGCUCCUCGGCGCCGGGACCUUCGCCAAGGUCUACGUCGCUCGCAACGUCCGCACCGACGAGCUCGUGGCGAUCAAGGCUCUUGACAAGGAGAAGAUCGUCAGGUGGGGGCUCGUCGCGCACAUCAAACGGGAGAUCGCCAUCCUCCGCCGCGUUCGCCACCCUUACAUCGUGGAGCUCUUCGAGGUCAUGGCCACCAAGACCAAGAUCUACUUCGUCAUGGAGUACGUCCGCGGCGGCGAGCUCUUCUCCCGCGUCGCCAAGGGCCGGCUCCGGGAAGACACCGCCCGCCGCUACUUCCAGCAGCUCAUCUCCGCCGUGGCCUUCUGCCACGCCCGCGGCGUCUUCCACCGCGACCUCAAGCCCGAGAACCUGCUGGUCGACGAGAACGGCGACCUCAAGGUCUCCGACUUCGGGCUGUCGGCCGUCGCCGAGCAGAGCCGAGGCGGCGACGGCCUGCUACAUACCUUCUGCGGGACACCAGCGUAUGUCGCGCCGGAAGUGCUGUCGAGGAGGGGCUACGACGGCUCCAAGGUCGACAUCUGGUCAUGCGGCGUUAUCCUCUUCGUGUUGAUGGCCGGAUACCUCCCGUUCCACGACCGCAAUAUCGUGGCGAUGUACAGAAAGAUCUACAAAGGCGAUUUCAGGUGCCCGCGGUGGUUCUCGCAGGACCUCGUCCGGCUUCUACGCCGCCUGCUCGACACCAACUCCCGGACCCGGAUCACGAUCCCGGAGAUCAUGGAGGAUAAGUGGUUCAAGAAAGGCUUCCGCCAUGUCCAAUUCUACAUGGACGACGACCAGCUACACACCCUGGACGAUCCCCUGCUGCAGAUCGAUGAACAGAGCGAAGCCACAACCGCGUGGGAAACCGAAUCCGACUGCUCGGUUGUCUCCUGCCCCUCGGCAUUGUCCGAUGACAGGCGGGCGGCGCGGCAGGGGAUGCCGAGGCCGCCAAGUCUCAAUGCAUUCGACAUAAUAUCCUUCUCCAGGGGAUUCGACCUCUCAGGGUUGUUCGAAGAGACCGGGGAGGAGACCAGGUUCCUGUCCAAGGAGCCCGUACCCACCAUUAUAUCGAAGUUGGAGGAGAUCGCCAAGGUGGUGAGUUUCACAGUGAGGAGGAAGGAUUGUCGAGUGAGCUUGGAAGGCACGAGAGAAGGGGAGAGGGGGCCAUUGACAAUUGCAGCCGAGAUAUUCGAGCUCACACCAUCAAUUGUAGUGGUCGAGGUGAAGAAGAAAGCAGGAGAAAGGGAGGCAUACGAGGAGUUCUGCAACAAGGAGCUGAAACCUGGGUUGCGGCACCUCGUCUACGAGUCGAUCCACGCAACCAAAGCUGCUUCUCAACAGUGCCCUAAUUAAAAAGGAAAUAUUUAUUGAAGGCCUUUCAAUCUCAGAGCUUGGGUUGCGUGUAGCUGGUGAGGUUUUUUGAGUUACCCAUUCAUUCGAACUCGAGCACAGGCCGUUCAGGUGACCCAUUUUGAGUUACCCCGUCGUAACGAGCUCUCCAUAUCAAAAGAACUACCAAGCUUUGGGAAAACUACUCGUAUGAUGUUAUAAUGUGGUAUAAUCAAUCCUUGUGAUGCUAAUUCUAAUUCAUUCAUAUGUGGAGAAUGCCUUGCUAAUUCUUUUUUUAA